AUGCAUCAAAAUAACAACUCCAACGUAUCUAAAAUUCUCUCUCUUGAAGAGCCGAUUCCUCCUGGUGCAGGAAGUGGAAAUUUGGGCUCAAGCUUGGAACCUGCCCCUCCAUUGGCACUCGUUAGAUGUAGGGCUAAAGCUGGGAAAAAUCUUCAAACGUGUUCUAGAUGUGAAUGUGCCCAGUGGAGGAAAUCUUGCAGUUUCUGCUUCUACUGCGGCUGCUUGGGUCACCUUAACAGAUCAUGUGACAAGAUAACAGAAGAUAUCACUAAGGGCUGCCCCAAAGAAACUCUAUAUGGUAACUGGCUCAAAGCUUCAGAAUUACAGUUCUUCUCAGCCCCAAGCCCCUCAGAUAGCCCAUCUCAAAACACUGCACACCCUCAAUCCCCCCAACCUAGCAAAGAAAGCCUCAAUCAUACCUCUGAAAUUCCUAAUCCACAAGAGCCCUCUCAUAAACUAUAA